AUGGCAGAAGAGAAAAAAUUGCGGUCGAAGCGGUCCAGCUCCAAGUCCAAGCGCACCAGGGACGUCGAGACUGAUGCUGAUGCCGAUGUCAACAUGAAAGAUAUAGAUACGAAGCAAGAAGGGAGUAGCAAGGAAAGCGCUACUGAGAAUGGCAAAUCCAGUGGUGACAAGAAACAGCGCCGGAGCAAGAAACGGAGACUCGGCGAAGAUGAGCAGGAGCAGGAUGGAGAAUCUACGCCUGUGAAUGGGGAGGUAAAUGAGGGAGAGGAGGAGCGUAAGAAAAAGAAGAAGAAGAGGGUUUCUUUUUCAGCGGAGGCGAAGGUGAAGUCUCCGUCUCCGUCACCAAUGGAGGAGGAUAAGGAAGCAGAGGCCGACGAUGAGAAUGCGGAUGCGAGCAAGAAGGAGAAGAAGAAGAAAAAGAAGGAAAAGAGCAAAAAGAAUGCAGAAGGCUCUACGAAUAAUGACUCGACGAGUUCGGGAUCAAAAGAUGGCGAAUCGUCUGUCCUUGCUUAUCUUGAUCAAUACCAUAACGACCGGCCAGCGUGGAAAUUCCAAAAAAUCCGCGAGAUACAACUUUUCAAGCAUAUUCUGUCCCUAAAGCAUGUUCCCGCUGCAUAUGAGGCAGCUCUCCUUUCCUACCUGCAGGGAUUGAGAGGUGACGCGGCUAAGCAACGAUUACGCGAGAUAGCCCAAGCUGCUGUGAAGACGGAUGUCGAGGAGACAAAGGAGACCAAUGUUGACAAUGUUGAAAAGUCGUCUGAUGACCCGGCGCCAUCGCCCACGGUAAAUUAUAGGAAAGCCAUCUACGCUUUGCGAACAAAGUUGACUGAGGGCGAAUUGACCGAGGAUCUGGGUGAUUCUUUUGAGCAGCUGGAUGCAGAGAUGCUCGAAAGGUUCCGAAAGAGGCGACGUGCAGAGAUUGUACUAUUUGCCAUUGACGGAAGGGUCUUCACCAUGUCAAACCUGAAGGCGCCGCCGCAGAAGGGCACGAACGCCCAGAGCCAGUCCGCGAACAAAAAGAAGAAGAACCGAACUGCUUUUGUGGAUAUCUCGAGCAGCAGCGAGAGCGACGGCGAGGACGACGAAAAAGCACAAAACAAUUCGAAGAAGGAACGGCCAGUCCAAAGCCAACCUGCUAAAAAGAAGAAGAAGAGUCGAACCGCCGUCGUGGAGAUUUCAAGCAGCAGCGAGAGUGAGAGCUCCUCUUCCUCCGAUUCAAGCAGCGACAGCGAUUCGGACAACUCAUCGUCAUCUUCAUCAUAA